CUCAGGCAAUUGGUUCUGCCAAACAUCCACCUUUACAGUGACAGAUGUAUUGAAUGAAUUAGAGGUUAACUCCUCCCCAACCAAAUGAAGGCCUUUAAUACAAGGAGCGAGGAACCGCACAGCAAGCCUGGAUAAGAGUAUCUACAAGCUUCACCUGAAAACAGCAUGAGGACGCUUCAGGAAAAGAUCAUUAUCCUCUCUGUUUUUCUAUCCCUUAUAUGUCUGACUCAGGUCAAUGCACUACCUGUUCCUGACGACUGGAAUGGCUUGAUCCAGAGGACAAAACGAUCACUGCUGUGGCGUUGGAACAGUAUGAAACCUGUUGGAGCGAGCUGCAGAGAUCCUUCAGAGUGUGGUACGAAACACUGCAGGAGAAACAAAUGUUCCUUUUGACACUCCAUCUCUGCAAAAGAACCAGAAACACAACUCUGAAACAAAUGGACCAAACUGUGUGAAAUUUCCCUUCUACUGAAAGAUUUGAGGGAUUCCUUUUUUUUAUUUUUUCAAUACCCUUUAUGCCCCUCUGGAGGAACUUUAGCCACAGAAAGAAAAACAAAGCUGUAAAACCAUCUUCCACGUGUCAGCCUCAUCACUGGACAAGUUGUGUAAUCUGAAUGUAUGUUUGAUAAGAAAAUACAAACGUUCUUCCACAGUCUGUGAGCUCUGAGUUCAUUGGUACAUGUUAGUCUGAUGUAUUUAUUUGUACUUUUUGUAACAUUGUAAAUAUUCAAAUACACUCUACUUUUUUCAAGA